CGAGUGGUUUUCCUUCCCACGCUCCAUCUUCAAUAUUCUCCGCUCAGCCAUGCCACCGCAAAGCGAGCCGUCACCCUUUACACCUCAAAUUGUUCGUGGACUUAGCGACAAGCUUUACGAAAAGCGGAAGGCAGCUGCUUUGGAAGUCGAACGCCUCAUACGUGACGCACUCACGACCAGCGAUCACACACGCAUUUCCGCAAUUCUUCGAACCCUCAUUGACGAUUUUGCUUAUUCAUCCCUACCCAAUGCACGAAAUGGAGGAUUGAUUGCGCUCGCCGCUGCCGCAAUCGCCCUUGGUAUCGCAGACCUCUCUCGACAUCUCGACGCGAUUGUUCCGCCAAUCCUAUCCUGUUUCUCUGAUCAGGACUCACGAGUGCGAUAUUAUGCGUGUGAGAGCAUGUAUAACGUCGCAAAAGUCGCUAGAGGUGAUAUAUUGAAGCAUUUUAACGAGAUUUUUGAUGCGCUGAGUAAGCUCUCUUCGGACGCUGAGCCAUCCGUUAAAAAUGGAGCGGAAUUACUCGAUCGCUUAAUGAAAGAUAUUGUAUCUGAGCGAGCUGUAUACUGGGCCCCUACACAGUUGGAAGAAGGCCCUGAAUCAUUACGAAAGGCCGCAGAACAACCGACGUCACCGACCGUGGGCUCGCCAUCCGCAAACCCGGUUCAACCAGCGGUUCCGCCAUUGCCGGGCACUGUUCCUCUUUUACCAGGCAUGAAACCAAAUCAAUUCAACCUUCCUCGUUUCAUCCCACUUCUUGCCGAGCGCAUUCACACUCUCGCCCCGUUUACACGAACCUUCCUCGUGCAAUGGAUAUCUGUCCUGGACUCUGUGCCAGAUUUAGAGCUAAUUGCAUACCUCCCAGACUUUCUGGAUGGCUUGUUCAACUAUCUUAGUGAUCCGAAUAUUGAUGUGCGGGUGGCAACCCUGAAUGUUUUGGCAGAAUUCUUAAAAGAGAUUCGUGACGUAGUGGAGACUCAACGAAGUCGAGGAGCCUUAAAAAUUCGUGGCAAGGUUACCAAACCGUCGAAUGGCCGUACACAUCGUCGAGCGUGGUCUGAUGCCGGUCCCCCUCCACCAUAUUCUGUCGGUGGCAUUCACGACGAUGACAUGAAUGAAAAAGCAAGUGUGAAAUCGUUGACGAUAUCCAGUGGUCCCGAACCUGUGGAGUCACCCAUUGUAAGCAACGACGACCAGAUACCAGCAGCGCAUGAUACAGGCCGAGAAGAUGCGAAAAUGGCAUCAGACCUUUCGGAAAAACCACGGAAUGAAGCGGUUGACGGAAGUCAGCCUUAUGUUCCAGGACUAAGUGUUGUACUAGAUAUAGGACGCAUGACAGAAAUCUUGAUUCCGCAUCUGAUGAGCACGGAUGAAGAAACCCAGGCAACUGCGCUCCGUUGGAUAAACGAGUUUAUUAUUCUGGCCCGAGAGGUCAUGCUCCCUUAUACGCCAAUGCUCUUGAACGCCAUCUUACCAAGCUCGGCGCACUCUGUGAAUGCCAUUAGAAACGUAGCUGUCGAGACAAAUUCAAAUCUUUAUAAGCUUAUUCUGGACCUUCCCACCAGUUCGCUUCCAUCAGGAGAAUCCCAAGUGCCCGUUGAUGCAGCACAGGGAGGACCAAGAGCGAUAACUGUGACGCCGCCAUCGGAAGAGACCACAUACGCAACGCCUGCAUCUCACAACAAUGGAGCCCAGUUAGAUUCUAUUGAUUUGCAUGCAACGGUGGACACACUCACCUUGCAAUUUCAAGAUGAACGGGAAGAAACCAGAGUGGCAGCCUUGGAAUGGCUAUUGAUGUUGCAUAAGAAGGCACCUCGACGGGUUCUUAAUUCGGAUGACGCGACCUUUCAAGCCUUGUUGCGAACACUAUCUGACUCUUCCGAAGAGGUGGUCAAACGCGAUCUUCAAUUGCUGGCUCAGGUGUCGCAGCAUUCCGAUGAUGAAUAUUUCAGUAGAUUUAUGGUCAACUUGCUCUCCCUAUUUUCGACGGACCGGCGACUCCUGGAAACUCGCGGAAGUUUGAUCAUUCGACAGCUGUGUUUAAGUCUGAAUCCGGAGAGGAUGUAUAGAACUUUUGCAGAGAUUUUGGAAAGGGAGGAGGACCUCGAAUUUGCGAGCACAAUGAUCCAGAAUCUCAAUUUCAUCCUCAUCACUGCACCCGAAUUAGCAGAUCUGAGACGACGCUUGAAAAAUCUGGACUCGAGAGACGGCAUUCUACUGUUUACUGCUCUAUAUCGUUCGUGGUGCCACAACGCUGUUGCAGUCUUCUCUUUAUGUCUUUUGGCACAAGCCUACGAACACGCAUCAGCGUUACUAACACUAUUUGCUGAUCUUGAAAUAACUGUGAAUUUGCUGAUUCAAAUCGAUAAACUGGUGCAGCUACUUGAGAGUCCCGUGUUCACAUACCUGAGGCUGCAGUUACUGGAGCCCGAUAGGUACCCACAUCUAUUCAAGUGCCUGUACGGGAUCUUGAUGCUAUUGCCGCAGAGUUCAGCAUUUGCAACGUUGAGAAAUCGCUUGAACUCAGUGAGCUCGAUGGUGUUUAUGUUUUCGGGCGGGGCUGGCAUGUCGGCUGGGUUGCCAGCUUCCACGGUUUCCGAUUCGUCACCAAGAGGAAGUGUAUCCGCAUUAGGAAAUCGAACUGGCAGCCGGCCGAAGGCCGGAGAAGCUUCUCCACCGCCGCAAGUACGAUGGAAUGAGCUACUUCAACAAUUCCGUUCUGUCCAAGCACGCCAUGAGCGUAGUCGACGACUAGGCGGACGAGGCAGCUUGCCGUCGCUGGAUCGAAGUGGCAAUUCUAAGCGGCGAGUACGGUCCUCUCGCGCGGAUGAAAUAAACGGGGGUGAUGAUUCGUCCUCGCUUCCGCAUCUCUCAGCAGGGCAUGGGAGCGGUGAUCACAGUCGAACGAUGAACCCGACGAUCACAAGAGAACGAUCAGGAAGUUUUGCAUCUUCAAGCGGGGGACGUUAUUCGAGAGUCGGUAGCGGAAAUCCUGGUGGGAGUCCUGGGAGGUCCAGUAGUGAGAGUUCCCGCGUAGUACGGAAGACGACUGCUCCUGGGUUUGGUGUAAGACGAGCCCAAUGAGUUGAGAGUUUAAUGUGAGCAACUUUGAUCUAGUUUGCAUAGAUAGCAGUAUUUUAUUGUAUAGGUAGUAGCCAGCUUAUAGGUAUAGCAGAGGGAAUGUUGACAUGCUUGUCCGUCGCAUUACAAGUCAGAGAUAUGGUCUUUUAUCCGGAGGCUGUGCAUUAGUUUGUGCACAUGCCGACAGAAUAACAGCAGAGCCAUUUUGACACAGCCAAA